AACCCAAAAAUAAUACAAAAAAUGUGAAAAUCACUAAAAAUAACCUAAAAUAACACGAAAUAUCAGUUUGCUACAAAUUGCGGCAGAAUUGUGCGAUUUUGACGCAAACUGUGUAAUUCCAUGCAAAUGACCUCAACUAAGCUUCUUUUGAACCUGAAUGAUGUUUACCAUGCCUUGAUAAUCAUCCAAGCUUCGAUUUGCUUGUUGCAUGUUGUUUUCAACCCAGAUAUGCUCAAUAAGGCCAUUUAAAACUUCACGCAUCUUAGCUGUAGCUCACAUGACUGGACCUCUUUGGGUGUGUAAUGGAUCACAUGACGUAGUAGAUAUGCUGUUGUCUUGACUCCCAUUGGUAAUAUUUUUUAACAGUUUGCAAGGAUGAUAGGGGUGUAUUGGUUAAGUCACCCUAAUUACCCUAUGACUAUGAUUAUAUAUGAUGAGUUUAAUUUUUAUAUGCAUUUAUCUACCCUUUUUGAGCCUAGAAUUUAAUAUUAUGGGUCCUUUGUAACUUAGUUUCACCUUUGUUUAUAUUAAUUUCAUUAUGUGUAGGUGGAAAUUAAGAUAUGAAUUAAUUUUGUAAUAAGUGACAAUUUGCACAUGUUAUAGUAAUUUAACCAUAUCUUUUUCUCUAGGUAUCGGAUUGAGAUGAUUCUUUAGGCGUUGGAAAGCUAAGAGGCAGAGCUACAAUUGAUGUUUUAUGAGCUUAACCCAGUUCUAGCUGUAUCAAUACAGAUUUUUGGUUGAA